UUUUUCAAUAAAUUAUAAACAAUCCAAUUAAUAAUAAUUGCUAGUGUUGAUUAAUUUAAUUUCAAAGAAACAAGACCGAAAAUAAAUUUAAAAAAUAAUAUGGAAGUAUAUCAAACCAGCAAUCAAGUGUAAAUAAAAAAGCGUGUUGUCAUUGGUCGACAACUGUGGCCAAGUUAGUUCCCAAUAAAGUAUAAAUAAUAUAUUUAAAAAUAAAAUAAUAAAUUUAAACAGGUGUUAAAUAGUAGUUAUAAUUAUGAAGUCUGUUAAAAAUAAUUAAUAUGAUAAGUUUAAUACCCAGUGAUGCCUGGUUUAGAGGAAGAAAGUAUUUGGUUCGAAACGAGUCCGUCUGCGAGUAGCCUAAUGUCCGAUGGAGUCGCUGCCGAGCAAGUGAAAAAAUUUUUUUUCACGUCUCGACGAUCUCACGAAACUGGACAACAGGACGAGUCACUUGAAAUAUUUAUUCCCGAGUUACUGCAAGCGAGCUACAAUUUUUACGUCUGGCCAUCAGCUCCAGUUCUCGCGUGGUUUCUUUGGGAGAACCGGGUAGAUAUCGUUGGCAAACGAAUCCUAGAACUUGGUUCUGGUACUGCAUUGCCUGGUAUUGUCGCCAGUAAGUGUGGAGCACACGUGACUUUAAGUGACGCUGCUAAUUUACCAAAAAACUUGCAGCACAUCAGAAGAAGCUGUGAACUAAACGGAGUCUUAUCACAAGUUAAAGUUGUCGGUAUUACUUGGGGUCUUUUUCUCUCAAGUCUACUGAGCAUUGGUCCACUAGACAUAAUCCUAGGCUCCGAUUGCUUCUACGAGCCGACUGUCUUCGAGGACAUCGUCGUCACCGUAGCCUACCUGCUAGAAAGAAACCCAGGCGCCAAGUUCCUCUGUACUUACCAGGAACGCAGUUCCGACUGGUCGAUAGAGCACUUGCUGAACAAGUGGGGACUUACUUGCAACCAGAUUUCACUUGCUGGUUUAGGUGCUGACGCUGGAAUAACUCUAGAGGAGUUGAUGCAAGAUCACACCAUUCACUUACUAGAUAUUCGUAAAGCCAAUUGA